AUGGCAAGGGAACAAGUCGCGAACAAGUUUGGAAAAGAUUUACAAAAUGCCUUAUUCAAUCCAGCUGCUAUAGAUCCAGUGGUAACCAAGUGGAUUCAUGAACAACUUAACUAUUAUUUUCCUUAUUAUAACAAUCUAAAUCGACAAGCUGAUUAUGAAAAUAAUUGCAAGAAGUAUACACAAGGAUCAGAGCCCCAAGUUCGAAAAGUACAGCGGCAUCAAGAAGUCCGCAGUCGCUCGCCAAUCAAAGUAUUGUUGAAGACGAUAGCCUUAUUUUUUAACGACCGCUCCAUUUCAUCAACAUUAAGGUCCUAUGGCAAACAGCUAUAUGAAGUUUAUGACUCGUUGUCAGCUGAAGAGCAAUCGAUUUGCGGCUUCUAUCUUAACGGUAUCCUUGAUCUUGGUAACCAGAAAGAGUGUAUCCAAAAAAAGUUAUUUGCAAAGGACCAAUGGGACUAUCUUAUCAAGCACCUUCCAAACCAAUCUGAUGCUGAAACAUGGUGUGUUGCGAUACAAGAAACACCAGUGGAUAAAAUCAACUGUGUCAAUGCCACCAAAAAGAAAGUAGAAAAGGUAAUAAAGGAAAUCAAGAGCGGACAACAAGAAGAAGCUUACUACAUUGGUGUGGAAACUAUAAGAGUUGCACAAUCUGUUGAUAACAUUGACGCGUACAAAGAACACACAUACAUUUUUGCAAAUCCAACCAACAAAAUCACCGAACUCGAUUUUUUAAUGAAGCUAUGGGGCGAAGUCUUGGAACUUUUGGUUGGAGAUGGUUCUGAACUCUAUGCCAAUUGGGGAGAAACGUCAGCUGAUACCACUGCUGCAGUAAAGCGUAUAAACAACGACAAUGAGCCACAUACGAUAGGCUGUAAAGUUGACGGUAGGAUUGUAUGCAAGGUAUCCAAGGUUGUUGCCACAUGCCAUCCUGAGACUGCUAGGGCUUCGUACAGCUUUGAAAAGAUUUACAGCGACAAAUUUAAACUUGCAGCUGAAUCAAAAUGUACAGUCAAUGAUUUGGUUAUGUUAGGAAAACCAAAGAAGCAGAAAACUAUCAUCUUACAAAACAUGCAAAUGUUUGGAAUACAGGUAGAUUUGUGUGCCUUGAAGUUCAUUGAUCGCAGCCUCUAUGUCAAUAGUGUUGGAUUCGAUCUUUCGUUAUACAGUAGUUUGAACCUCUUCGUCGAUAAGCUAAUUAUGUGGAUACGACAAUGGAAAUCACUCAAAAAAACUUGUCUCAAUAUUGCCACGUUAUCAAACGAAGCUUUUAUACAACCAGCUUCAUUUUCAGAAAUCUUCGAUUGUGACGACUCAGAUGAUGAUAACAUCAAUUAUUGUAGCCUAGAAUGGGUGACUGGUAUCUUUUUACCUCUAACAACUAAACCUGCUUUACUCACCGAGCAACUUCUUACAAGCCCUACAACACUAUCCUGA